AUGACUGAAUCAAAUGGAACUCAGUUCUCUAUUCCUGAGUCUGAUCAGACACGUUUCUUUGACCACCUCUUCGAGAAAGCCUUUGAAGGGCCCGUGAGUAGGGCUAUCGAAAAGGUUGAUGAAGCUGCUCGACAUGUCCAAGAACAGGCCUUUCUCAGAUACUCCGAGCAAGUCGAAUCACUGGACCAGAAAGUUGAUAAAACGGUCAACGAAGCUAUGGAAAGGAUUAAUAGAGCUGUUGAAAGGACCCAUCAACAAGCUCUCCGUAAAUUUUUGGGUCACAUCAAAGAACAACAAGCAGCUAUAUUGGAAGUGAACGAAAUUGUCAAGAAAGCUACCGAACAGAUGAUUGAAGCCGCUGAAAAGGCCCAAGACCAAGCUUUUAUCGGUUUCUCAGAACAGAUUAGAGAAAACGAAUCGCCUACCCGGAUUGUCAAAGGAGGGCUCGAUAAGGCUUUGGACGAAGCCUUUACCAGAAUCUCGCAACAAUUUAGCCAGGUGCCCUCAAUCGAGCUUCUAAUUGAGAAAGCUGUCGAAAAUUCCAUGAACAAAGCUCUAACAAAACUCGAUGAACAUAUCGACCAAGUGACCAAAAAGCUUGACACGACUGUUGAAAGGACUUUGGAUCAAGUUUUUGCCAAAUUUUCGGAGCAUGUCAACGAAAUACAAGAGUCUACCCGAAAGGCUGAACAAGUUGUGCAGAAGGCUCUCGAUGAGACUUUAAUUAGAUUCUCAGACCGCUUGAUGGAGCUUCAAUCACCUGGCCGAAUGGAACAAGGUCGCCAAGAUCGUGUGGAAGUGGAAGAGGCAGGAAUCUCGACGCAUACUGUGAUCGACGGACCCGAAGAACCGGAAACAGAGCCCAUGGAACUUGAAGAGUCGGAAUCCACUUCCAGAGCUGAUAUCGAAGAUGAUGACUCUGAUGAAGGCUCCGUCGAUGGAGACUCCUCAGACGAUAAAGGCCUAUCGGAAAAUUUGCCCCAAGUUAUCUGGGAAUACCCACGCCCAGGUAGGACCUAUGCAAUUCACCUAGACGACGAGCUGAAAGCUAUGCUAGCAAUAGACGAUAUUGAUCCGCCUCCUAUAUUGAUAGCUCAUGCUUAUGUCACUGCCAAAGUUAACAAGAACGAAACUCGCUAUUGUCAUUGGGAGUGCAUCACAAGAGGCAAAAAAGAGGGCUUCUACUUCCGGAAUGUCGCAACCCAGAAGUACCUGGGCGUCACAUUUCGUGGGUAUUGGCCAGAGUUGAAUGCAAGGAAUGAUCGGGGGAACACAAGAUUUUGUCCAGAAAGCAUGGGAGGAAACAGCUACCUGCUGCAGGCCCGAAAGGAUAGGUUUUCCGCUUAUGUUACAGCUGGGUAUGAAGCGUUUGCGCAGGAGAUCUCAUUUGACAUGCUGUUGGAGAAGGCAUUGGAAAAGAUUGUCAACGAGGCUUCUGUUAAAUUCAGCGACAUCGUCGAAAAAGCUGUAGACAAAGCCAUCAACAGAAUCUCAGACCAUGUUGCAGAUCUUGUCCAGUCGUCAGUCUCCAAUAAGUCUGUACAACAAAAAACUGUGACCAAUGCUGCGACAGAAAUGGGGGACGAAAAUAGAGGCGAAGAAUCACAACAAGACGUGAUGGAAAUUGAGCGCGCCACUAUAAUUACACCAGCGCCAUUGAGGGGGGAAAACGAUAGGUACGAUGAUGCCUACCUGGUGGAGGAUGAUCACCUUUAUCAUGCGGCUCGGCACCCCUGUCCCGGUGAGAUGUACACCAUUCAUUUGGAGGACUAUGACGGAUUUGUACUUGCUGUGGACAAAGAAUCAAAACCAGAACUUCGAUGGGCCUCUGAUGCGUGGCCUGAUGCCGAGACUGAGCUACGCAAGCGCUGUUGGUGGAGAUGCAUGGAAUUCAUUGGGUGGCUUUGCUUCCAAAAUGUGGGCACGAAGAAGUUUCUGGGCAUCGAGGACGGUAAUUUCAUCAACCAUGAGCCGGUUCUCUGUGUUGGUUUUGACAAGAUUAGGAAGUCCACAAGAUUUUGUUUGCGGCGAACGCCUCAUGGUUCCUACAUGCUUCAAGUACCAUAUGGUACUCAAUUGCUCUCGGUAAAAGCUAUCGACUAUGUUGAUUGCCCUGCUGCUGCUUGGCUUCAGGAGAAACUGUAUUUGAGAUGCAAGAAGGCCGAUGAGGAUAAUAACCCUACAAAAUGGUUGUUCAAAGCAAUCAACUCAGAAAGUUUGAUGAGCCGUUAG